AUUGCGAACUAGGUCAUCCCGCUUCUGCACGGCUUGCUCUCGCAGUCGCACCAUAGCCGGCCGUGCAGUAGCGCCCAGAAUUUCCUCUAUUUAGCUGUAUUUUAUUAUCCAUAUAUAGUUUCUUUUACAUCCGUCUAUUUUCUAUGGGACUAUUUAUUCUUGGGCUACGGAUUGAAUUUUUUUUAUCAUUGUAUAGCAGCCAAUAGAGUGGCAUAAUAAUGUUUUUUAAUAUCGAGUAAUAAAAAUGAUACUUGUCUUGAGUGUGUCGUUCAUAUUGAGAUGAAAUAAGUUACUCAUAAAUAAAAUAUCAAUAGUAAAUUUCUGGAUGUGUCGCAGAAAGUAACAAGUUUUAUCAUAACUUAAAACUUAAUUUUUAUCUUCAAUAAAAUAUGCAGGACAUUCGCUGGUUAAUAAGUAUUAUUGUUAUAAUAAUAACUCCAAUAUUUUGCUGUCGGCUAAGUGAAUUUCAAUGUGGUAAUGGAAAAUGCAUUUCACUCAAUAAAGUAUGUAAUGCUCUAGACGAUUGUGGUGACGAAAGCGAUGAGCAGCGUGCAUGCUCUCCUUGUAACAAAACGUAUUAUGGUGACAUUGGGAAAACUUAUUACCUCGAAUUACAUCGACCGAAAGAAGAUAAAGUACCAUACUUUUGUAAACUUACAUUUAACGCUCCUGGUAAUGAACUGGGAGAUAUUGUUCAGUUGACUUUUGAUAGUUUUACUCUUGGAAAAUUCGUAUCGUUUACUUCGGAAGGAUGUCCCGAUGGAUCAUUACAGAUAUCAGAAGCUCAACGACCUGAUGUAGGUGGUCUGUGGUGCGGUACAUCUUGGGGUCCUGCUAUUUAUUACAGUGAAACACCAAUCGUUACCAUAUCUCUUCGACUCCUCAGAUUAAGUCAAGAUCAAACGGGCUUUAAUUUUGAUUUUCGAAUGGCUUAUAAAAUGAUUAAAAAAUCAGAUGCUGUUGUGCGAUACGGAAAUCCAUUUGUCGGAAUGAUGCAUGUGCCAACACCAUUUCUAAAAAAUAAGAUAGAAUACAUGAACACUACCAAAGUAAUAAUUGUUCCACCUAUUGAAAAAUUCGAAAAAAACGUGAGCUUAUCUACAACUACUCAACCAACGGCUGAUGAAGAAAAACAAUAUCUUGGAGACUUAAUUUCAGGGACAUAUUGUUCACGAAUAUUCAGUGAUUGUAAUAAAAAUAAAUGUAGACUUCAAUCACCAAACUUUCCUGGUCUCUAUCCACGUAAUUUAACAUGUUAUUAUGCAGUACGACAACACGAAAUUCCUCCGGGAAAACAUGCACUUAUAACAGUUCGUCAACCACGAGGGCAAUUAAUAGCUGUCCGUGCAAGAACAGCAAAUCAAGCUGAGCCACCGCCGCGUCAGCUUCGUCUUUGGCAAGAUUGCGAUAUCGUUCAAGACUACGUGACUGUUUACGACGGCUACACUACUCGUGAUCCAGUGAUACUAAAAUUUUGUGGUGGUGGAGAACCUGUUCCUGAAGCUACUAGUAGUGGAGCUGAAAUUCUCGUAGAAUUUACUACUUCUCCCUACGGUACUUUUCUUCAUCCAACUCCACCACAUUCUCUCCAUGGAUUUCAGUUGGAAAUUCAGGUGAAAUUUGUCGAUGUAGAUUCGCCGACUUAUGCCAAAAACAAACGAUGUGAGUUCUGGUUAAAAGGUAAUACUGGUGGAAUUCUGACUUCUCCAAAGCAUACUCUACCACGGAAUACAACUUGUCUGUACCAUCUACGUGGAGAUGGACCAACUAUUCCAAGUCCUACACCACCUAGGCCAUUACCGAAAUUUCCAGAAACUCGACCGGGAACUGUAUGGAGAAAGCCUCCACCUAAACCACCCCAGCCACAAUUCAGAGUGUGGCUCUCAGUUUUAAAAUUUCACGUUGGUUCAAAUCCAACGACUAAUGAUGAUGAUUGUAGCUCUACUCUAUUUGUUUGGGAUGGUGAUAUGAUGCCGUUAUCAGAAUGUAACGAUAUAUCUUGUGAAAAAGAAAGAAUGCGAUACAUGGAAAGAACAGGUGAUUUGAUAACGCCAGCAGGUGCUCGUCCAGCAAGUAAUACUACUUUGCUCGCAAGAUACUGUAAGGAUAAAGUUCCUAAAACUUGUGAUCAUGCAAUUUUGUUAAAUACUAGUCGACCAUGUUCACCUACUGAAGGUUUUAUUUCAUCUGGCAAUAGUUUGACUAUUGAAAUACGUAUGGAUGAAUCAACAGCUCUCAGGCCUGUGAAUUUUCAAGCUCGUUAUGAAUUCGUGGAUCUUCAUCAAGACGGUGAUUCUUAUGGCAGUGGACCGUGCUCAAGAGUCUUUUACAGUAGACAUCGAGAUCAAUAUCCUGACCGUAAAUUUCAAGCUCCGCGCAACAUCUUUCUUUAUGGACGUGGAGGAGCAAAAAAUUUAAGUUGUAUAUAUCGAUUUGAAGGAGAACAGGAUGAAGUUGUCAAGUUACGAUUCAAUAAACUUAUAAACGGAAAUCGUACGUGUCGUAGCGUAUCCAGCAAUGACUACAACCGUUUUCUUUGUAUUGGUUCAAACAAUUUUUCACUGAAGAUUUUGGAACUGCCUUGGUCAAAUGCUGCACCAGUUCAAAAAGAUUGUCUCUGUUCUAAUAAAUCAUUACCAAUUAACAUUAAGUCUUUAUCCCACAUUGUUGAAGUACACUUCACUGUGAACUUCAUGAAUUCACUUGACGAUUAUAACAAUUUAUUUUUUGAGGGGAUCUGGGACUUUAUCAAAGCUGUUCCAUGUUUGCAAAAACGAAGAGUUCGAGGACCAUCUGGUCAAAUAAAAUAUGAAUUACCUAUCAUUAAUGAAGAUGAUAAAAAUUGUAAAAAUCAUCCAUGGUUAAUUGAUCCUAGUCCAGGACAAUAUCUUUAUGUAAAGACGCAUGGAGCAGUUAUAAAUAAUAAUACUAAGUGCCUAACAAGCAAUCGAAUAAUUGUGCACGCUGGUGGAAUGAUCAAUGUUUCAGUGUGUCCAAAACCACUAGUCGAUUCAAGACAUCAGUUUGUAGAAGUUUUCAGUCAAGGCUGGUCAGCUAACCGUAAAAAAAUGAUUUUAGCACCUGGUUUUGAUCCAGCACGAACAAUAGCUGUGGAAUUUAUUAUGAAUGAAGCUGAUACGUACACUGUUUCAUGGCUUGAACUCACUAAAAGACGACCGAUCGAGAUGAUCCAUGAAGAUAUUCAAGUUUCUUCUCAUGAUUGCGAGCAACACUGUCCAGAAUUGAAUGCUUGUAUAAAUGCAUCAUUAUGGUGUGAUGGUACUUCUCAUUGUCCAUCUGGUUACGAUGAAGCUUUAACUCAUUGCUCAAUAAUUCUGCGACUUCCACCGCUUCAUUUAGCCAUUGGAACUAUAGUUAUUUUUUCAGUAAUUGGAUCCAUUUUCUUCAUUUUUUGGCGUGUUCUUCGACGAAAAACUAAUCGAUCCAUUUCGCAACAUCGACUGAAAAGUAUUUCAUCUGAGACUGCUAUAAUUGAUGGGAAAGAAGUUAUAUGCUGACAAAACGACAGUUCUGUGCGAUACGUUGAGAUUGAUCGAGUGACUACGGUGUGACAAUCACUACUUACUAUCGUUUCGCUCGUUCAUUACUUUAUUAAUAAUAUUAAUAAAUAUCAUUAUCAUUAUUAUAAUAGAUAUAAAAUAUCAGGCUCAAUGUUGCCUUAUAAUUCAACACCAAAAAUUUAUUAUUUCUUAAAUGCAUUUUGUUAUUUUCUAAAAUAUUAAAUACAUAUUCUGUAUAAUUAAAAAAAUACAGUUAACUAUUUUAUAUGAAAACGAGCUGAAAUUUCUACGUAACGCGCAGAACUGUACAAUUUGAAUAGUUAAUAUAAUGAUUAUGCGACAAAAUGUGUGCAUCAAGAUAUUUCUAGUCUACCUUGUUCAAUUUUUACUAAUGAAAACGCUUCUAUAAGCGAGAUAAAAACACUGCAGCAUAUAACGUGUACAUAUUUUUAUCGUAAAUAUUAGUUUACCAUUAUUCAAGUAAUAAAUUUUUCUUUUUUGAUUUGUAUUUUUUAAUCAAUUACUGUAAAUAAAAAUAAGUCAAUUUCGAUUAAUAACUUAAUUUAAAAUGUAGAUAACUAAUAGGUUUAUAUGUAAUACUUCUCGAAAAUUCUCUCGAUGCAAACGACUAUCACUGUUAUUCCACCUCUGAUGAGUAAAUAUAAAUUUAGUUUUAUCAUUUCUAAUGAAAUAUAAGUCGAAAUAAUCUCGACAUGUAACAUUUUUCACAUAAUCUUUUAACGUUGACAAUAACUUUAUAAAAAAAUAUUGAUAAAAAAUGGAAAAAAAAAUUUGUUAGAAAUAAGUAUGGAUAUUUGUGUCUUGAAUCGAGAGAUUUACGAAUAAGUAAAUAUAUGAAGGUAUUCAAUUAGAAAUAUGAUAAUAUUUAUGAGUUGAUAGUAUUUGAAAAUAAACAUAAAAAAUCAUCUUUAGUUAAACAAUUUUAAGAAUAAAUUUAAAUUGACAUGUAAGUGUAACAGAUGAUACUAAAUGAUGAAAAAUGUAUGUAGUUAUGUAGAUGGUUAUUUCUGCCAUUAAAACUUUGUAUUCACAAAAAUAUCAUAUAUAUGAUAUAUAUAUAUAUGAAGUUGUUAAAAAAAUUUAUUUAGAGAAUUUUUAAAAUAAAUUUAUAUAGACGUACUGACCAAAUAGUGUGAAUUGGUAUUAAGGACAUAUUGAAUCAUUCAAGUGCUACUAAAUAUCUUUAAACAAUAUAACAAUGAGUUAAGAAAAAUAGACAAAAGGAAGAAAUGUUGAAACGAAAACGAAUAAAAAAUAAUAAUGUGAUAAAUGCUUUUGUUUUUUACGGAGCUGUGCUUCGAAUGUUGUUAUACGUCAAGAUUGACUUGAGCGUCGAAUAUUGAUAGAUAAAUGUAGAUAAAGGGAUGUUUAUUGAUUUCGCACUUCAUAAAUCUAUAUGCGUCGUUAUGCAGUAAUAAUGUACGUAUAUAUUAUUAAUUAAAUGUUUAAAUAAUGUUUUAAAGCCAUCGUACCAUCUCGCUAUCAAUAUCAAUGUGAUUGAACUUGUAAAUACACGUAAUUUUUGAAGGUAUAACAUAGUUUUGUUCAUUUGUCGAUGUUAUAUUAUUUAUAACUAAUAGUUAAUAAACGUAUAACUUCCGCGAUAAUUCCAAUAAAACGGUGUGAUAUUUUUAAAGCAUAACUAUAAAUAUGUAUAGUUUGUUGGUUUCUAAUAAAUUCACGUUAAAAUAUUAUUUUCAAAAAAUGAUGUAACAAUUACUAAAUAACGAAUAUAUAAUUUUACAUUAGAGAGCACAUUUGGUGAUUUAAUUAAUAUACAUAUUCACCAUUAUUAUAUAUAAUAAUUAUUUAUUUCAUUGAAAAAAAAAAAUGAAUUAAUUGAGACGAUUAACUGGUUAUCAAAUAAGUUCAAACAAAGAUCUCAUUAUUAUUAAUCAAUAUAUAUUAUUGGACUCUCGAAGCUAACCGGUAUCACAGCCAUUGUUUUACACUAAUGAAUCUAAUGACUGUUUACAGUGACAUAAUAGGAAAGAAAACGAAAAAUUUUAAUAAAAGAAUGAAUAUAAGUAUUUGCCAUCAUUAUCGCCGUCAUCAUAUGAAAAUUAAAAAUGCUUUAUCAUAUUAAAAAUUACAUUUUCAAUGAUUGA